UUGAAGGCAUCAUUUUGAUAGUGGCUCAAAAAUAUUUUUAAACAAAGAAAAAUUUAUUUGCACUAUCAUAAAAAACAUAUAGAAUACGUGAAAACAAAUAUAGACUCCAGCAAUGGCUAGUGGCAGUGGAAAUAAUGGUAGUGGAGGUGGCAGUGGCCGCCGACAUGUACCAUUUCAUUGGAGUCCUGAUGCAGAUGAUGAUGUUUGUGAAGAUGACUUAAUGGACGCCGAUCAGGAUUUAUCAAAUUUUGUACACAAGUAUAGACAUGAACAGGAACAGCGUCUUAAAAAAACACAAGGUUCGCUCUACUUACCAACAGCGAACUCAGCUGAUGGUAAUAAAAAAGGUGACAAAGAUAGCGAACCUUCUAGUGGAAAUUCCAGGCCGAUUUCUGCACAAACCUCUAAUGAUAAACGUGAUGAUUUAGCUACCGCUAUCUUGAAGCGCAAGGAUCGCCCAAAUCGUUUAAUUGUCGAGGAAGCUGUUAAUGAUGAUAACUCCGUGGUAUCCUUAUCUCAGGAAAAAAUGGACGAAUUGCAAUUGUUCAGAGGUGAUACGGUAAUCCUGAAGGGCAAACGCCGCAAGGAGACAGUGUGCAUUGUGUUAUCGGAUGAAAAUUGCUCUAACGAAAAGAUACGCAUGAAUCGUGUUGUGCGCAACAAUCUUUGCGUACAUUUAUCCGAUGUUGUAUCCAUUCAAUCAUGCCCUGAUGUAAAAUAUGGCAAGCGUGUUCGCAUUCUACCCAUCGACGACACUGCAGAGGGUGUUUCGGGUAAUCUAUUUGAGAUUUACUUGAAACCAUACUUUUUGGAAGCAUACCGACCCAUACACAUGGGAGAUAACUUCAUCGUACGCGCUGCUAUGCGUCCGAUAGAAUUCAAAGUCGUGCUCACCGAUCCUGAGCCAUAUUGUAUUGUUGCACCGGAGACGGUAAUCUUCUGUGAUGGCGAACCAAUUAAACGCGAGGAGGAAGAGGAGUCGCUAAACGCUGUCGGCUAUGAUGAUAUUGGCGGUUGCCGCAAGCAACUUGCUCAAAUUAAGGAAAUGGUGGAGUUACCACUUCGCCAUCCCUCGCUUUUUAAAGCCAUUGGUGUUAAGCCACCACGCGGUAUUCUCAUGUACGGUCCACCCGGUACUGGUAAAACAUUGAUUGCACGUGCUGUUGCUAACGAAACUGGUGCAUUCUUCUUCCUUAUUAACGGUCCGGAAAUUAUGUCGAAACUUGCCGGCGAGUCCGAAUCGAAUUUACGUAAAGCUUUCGAAGAGGCUGAAAAGAAUUCGCCAGCUAUUAUAUUCAUUGACGAAAUCGAUGCUAUCGCACCAAAGCGUGACAAGACACAUGGUGAGGUUGAACGUCGUAUUGUUUCACAAUUGCUAACGCUUAUGGAUGGCAUGAAAAAGAGUUCGCAUCUGAUUGUAAUGGCCGCCACCAACAGGCCAAACUCUAUUGACCCCGCGUUGCGUCGCUUCGGUCGUUUCGAUCGUGAAAUUGAUAUUGGUAUACCAGAUGCCACCGGGCGUUUGGAAGUCUUACGUAUUCAUACUAAAAAUAUGAAAUUGCAUGAAGAUGUCGAUUUGGAACAGAUUGCCGCUGAAACCCACGGUCAUGUCGGUGCUGAUUUGGCCUCACUUUGCUCCGAAGCCGCUUUGCAGCAGAUUCGUGAAAAGAUGGAUCUGAUCGAUUUGGAAGAUGACAAAAUCGAUGCCGAAGUGUUGGCCUCUUUGGCCGUCACAAUGGAGAACUUCCGUUACGCUAUGACGAAGUCAAGUCCAUCGGCAUUGCGCGAGACUGUAGUGGAAGUGCCCAACACCACCUGGUCGGAUAUUGGUGGUUUGGAAGGUGUGAAAAAGGAAUUGCAAGAAUUGGUGCAAUAUCCAGUAGAGCAUCCCGAUAAAUUCUUGAAAUUCGGCAUGCAACCUAGCCGUGGUGUGCUCUUCUACGGUCCACCUGGUUGCGGUAAAACUUUGCUUGCCAAGGCCAUCGCAAAUGAGUGUCAGGCCAAUUUCAUUUCGGUUAAAGGACCCGAAUUGCUUACCAUGUGGUUUGGUGAGUCGGAAGCCAAUGUACGCGAUAUUUUCGAUAAGGCACGUUCAGCAGCACCUUGUGUACUCUUCUUUGAUGAGCUGGACUCCAUCGCCAAAGCACGUGGUGGCAAUGUUGGUGACGCCGGUGGCGCUGCUGAUCGUGUUAUUAACCAAAUUCUAACCGAAAUGGACGGUAUGGGUGCUAAGAAGAACGUUUUCAUUAUCGGUGCAACCAAUCGUCCCGACAUCAUUGAUCCAGCAAUUUUACGUCCUGGACGUCUGGAUCAAUUGAUCUAUAUUCCAUUACCCGAUGACAAAUCACGUGAAGCUAUCCUUAAGGCAAAUCUACGCAAAUCGCCGUUGGCCAAGGAUGUCGAUCUAACAUACAUUGCCAAGGUGACACAAGGCUUUUCAGGUGCCGAUUUGACUGAAAUCUGCCAACGUGCGUGCAAAUUGGCUAUUCGACAGGCUAUCGAAGCGGAGGUGCGUCGGGAAAAGGAGCGUGCUGAGAAGCAGACUAUGGAGAUGGAUGAAGACGAUCCUGUACCAGAGAUCACACGUGCCCACUUUGAGGAGGCGAUGAAAUUCGCCAGACGUUCAGUAUCUGACAACGAUAUCAGAAAAUACGAAAUGUUUGCACAGACUUUGCAACAAUCGCGCGGCUUUGGCCAGAACUUUAGAUUCCCAGGCGCCAGUAGCACUUCACAAGGUUCUGGACCAAAUGUACCAGCGAAUCCGCCAGCCGAUAAUGGUGAUGAUGAUCUUUACAGUUAGAUUUUUAGUUUUAAAAUCAAUGAAUAUUAAACAAACCAAUUUUGUC